AUGUCAUCGACAAACGAAGUAAAUAAAGAAGAAGAAGGAAUUGGAAUAGAACUGGCCGGAGCCGAUGAAGAACUGCGUGAAAAGCUAGUCCAAUACACACUAGAAGGCAAUUGGAUUGAAGUAAAGAAGAUUUACCGCUCAAUCCCAAAGUCCCGAACCAUAACGGUUAACAAUUCUGAGGACACGGCGUUGCACGUGGCGGUGGAUUUGGACGAAGAAAAUGUUGUUAAAGAUCUUGUGAGUAUAAUCGUAGAGCAUGAAAAGAGUGCUCUGAAGAAAGGGAACAAGCACGGCGAUACACCUCUCCAUGUGGCGGCGUCGAGGGGGUUUGCGAGACUGUGCAAGUGCAUCAUCGGGGAGAAUGAGGAGAGGAUAGAGUUGAGGACAUUGAAGAACAACAAUGGGGAGACACCAUUGUUUCUUGCUGCUUUGAAUGGGAACAAAAAAGCAUUCGCCUACCUCUCUCAAACAUUUCAUGAUCGUCACCAAAUUAUUUUGCCUCAUCUUGUGCGUCAUCAUCAGGAUAGUAUUCUUCAUUGUGUUAUCCAGAGGGAAUAUUUCGAUUUAGCAGUGAUAAUAGCGCAUAAUUUUCCUAUGCUUACUACACUUCGAAAUGAGCAUGGAUGCACCCCUCUCAAAGUUCUUGCUACUAAGCCCUCGGCUUUCCCAAGUGGAAUCAAAUUUUCAUGGUGGAAGCGGAUCCUCUAUCACUGUAUUCUCGUAGAGCCACUGAAUGCUGAGCAUAGACUGAAGAAGAUUCGAGAAAAGAUGGAGGCUAAAUCCGAAGAAAAGUUCCCAAAGAAUUACGCCACAUUAUGGGACUUCAUUAUUUAA